AUGCCUCCAAAGGAAGAUUGGGAAAAAUCACUCGAUGAAGGGGAUAUUGCACUUUUGAAAACUUAUGGUCAAGGUCCUUAUGCAAAGGAACUGAAAAAAACAGACAACGAUAUUAAGGACGUUCAAAAACGAAUAAAUGAAAAAAUAGGUGUCAAGGAAUCAGAUACUGGUCUUGCUCCGCCGAAUCUUUGGGAUAUCCCUGCCGAUAAACAAAGAAUGCAAGAAGAACAACCUUUACAGGUAGCCCGAUGUACUAAAAUCAUUCAGGCCGAUGGUGAAGAAGCCAAAUAUAUUAUCAACGUAAAGCAAAUUGCAAAGUUCGUUGUUGCAUUAGGUGAACGUGUAUCACCAACAGAUAUUGAAGAAGGAAUGCGUAUUCAAAUUCCAUUACCACCAAAGAUCGAUCCUUCCGUGACAAUGAUGCAGGUAGAGGAAAAACCCGAUGUUACAUAUAGCGAUAUCGGGGGAUGCAAAGAGCAAAUUGAGAAAUUAAGGGAGCCUGAACGAUUCGUAAAUUUAGGUAUCGACCCUCCUAAAGGAGUUUUACUAUAUGGUCCUCCGGGAACCGGUAAAACUUUAUGUGCUCGUGCAGUAGCAAAUCGAACAGACGCAACGUUUAUUCGUGUUAUUGGAUCCGAACUUGUACAAAAGUAUGUUGGUGAAGGUGCACGUAUGGUUCGUGAAUUAUUUGAAAUGGCACGAACCAAAAAAGCCUGUAUCAUAUUUUUUGAUGAAGUAGAUGCUAUCGGAGGUGCACGUUAUGAUGACGGUGCUGGAGGUGAUAACGAGGUUCAAAGAACUAUGUUGGAACUGAUCAAUCAGUUAGAUGGUUUUGAUCCACGAGGAAAUAUUAAAGUUCUGAUGGCAACGAAUCGUCCUGAUACUCUGGAUCCAGCAUUAUUACGUCCAGGUCGUUUAGACCGUAAAGUAGAAUUUUCAUUGCCUGAUUUAGAGGGUCGUUCGCAUAUUUUAAAGAUUCAUGCUAAAAGCAUGUCGGUGGAGCGUGAUAUUCGAUAUGAAUUGAUAGGACGUCUUUGUCCAAAUAGUACUGGUGCUGAAUUACGUAGCGUAUGUACAGAAGCCGGAAUGUUUGCAAUUAGAUCUAGAAGAAAGGUUGCUACAGAAAAAGAUUUCCUGGAAGCUGUUAAUAAAGUUAUCAAGUCGUACGCAAAAUUCUCGUCUACUCCAAGACUGAUGCAUCAAGUGAAGGAGAAUCAUCAUCACAUGAAAAAACGUAAAGGUGUUAAACUGAAGCACGCGAAAAGAAAAGUUAUCAUUAAUUCGGAUGAUUCAGAUGAAGCAGAACAACCCACUACCACAGCUUUUACUAAUACUAUUG